AGGUUCGCACAGCCCCUGCACUCAGGCCGCGAGACCACUGGGCCGGUCGUCGGCGUUCUCACUAUCAGAGAGAAGCGUGAAAGCGGCCAGACCCGUAAAAGAAUGUGUAAUCACUUUUUCGUCCCGUAAACUAGCGCAUGUCCACGGAUGGUGUGCACAUUGAAACUACGUAGCGAUGUACACGAGCGACACUUGGUGCGCUAUGUUCACAGCGAUUCUAUUCUAUGUUAUGUGCACGAGUUUUUAAAUGAUCAUCUUUUUUUAAGUGUGUGAGUAUAUUCGCGAGCGUGGAUUUGAUUUCUUUUGAAAUUUAAAAUGACCGGUCUCGUCUGAUGAGAAGAUGAAAAAGGGGAGAACAGAAAAGGAUAACAAAAACAACAUUGCAACUUUUUACGCAACAUAAAUGUGAUAUGCAAGAAAAGAUGUGAUAGUCAAGAAAAGAAUAUUAUUUUAGCGAGAUCAGCAUCAGAAUUCACGGAGUGUGUUCCCAUGUAGGACAUCAUCCUCCUUUUACAUCGUAUAUAGAUGCGGUGUUUUUUAAAACGCGCAGUUUUUUAGACACGCUUCUCUCUGACACUACAUACGUCGCGCCGUCGUUUUGCGCGUGCGCAAAACGACCCGAGAGAUGCGUUUCACGGAUUUUCGCGUGUGCGCGAUUUCAGCUUUGACAGGUUUUGUACCGAUAUCGGAUAAAUUACGCCGGUUAUUCGUGCGAUCAUGUGAUUACGUGAUUUUGGAGUAUACACUAGUGGCCGAUUACGCAGUUUUAGAAAAUGUUGAACAUCGCAGGAUAUCGCGCAAAGAUACUGGGACUCUACAAUGUUACGAAACACAUACUCAGUCGAAGACAAAACUCACUCUUCACAAGUGCAAGAACGAAUGUCAACAAUCUUCGCUUCUUGAGGGAGUACUGUCCGCUUCUGAAGCAGAAGCCGUUCGGAGAAGUAAAUAUCACAAAUCGUAGUUAUGCUACAAAACGAAGCAACUGGAACAAGGACAAAAUUGUGGGAUCUUGGCUUCUCACUUGCGGCGGUAUGGUUUUCGUGGCGGUUGCGCUAGGGGGUAUAACGAGACUCACAGAAUCGGGUUUGUCUAUGGUCACUUGGAAAUUGCUGGGAGAAAAAAUGCCUCUCAACGAGAGCCAGUGGGUUUCGGAAUUCGAACGUUACAAACAAUAUCCUGAGUAUAAGAUAACCAAUCAGAAUAUGACGCUGGAAGAGUUCAAACGUAUCUGGUGGAUGGAAUAUUUGCACAGAACGUGGGGACGUUUGAUCGGCGCUGUGUUUAUAAUUCCAGCGACGUAUUUUUGGUUUAACGGAAUGUUCAGACGCGGAAUGAAGAUACGCGUCGCCAUUAUGGGCUCGUUAAUCGGUCUGCAGGGACUCAUGGGGUGGUACAUGGUGAAAUCCGGAUUGGAGGAUCGUUUCACGGAACCGUCCGAUGUGCCGCGGGUGUCGCAGUAUCGUUUAGCCGUGCACCUCGGACUGGCGUUGCUCCUGUACACCGGAUUUCUUUACAACGCUCUGGACCAUUUGAUUCCCGCUCAAAAAGUCGCAAUCGAUUCCGGCAAGGUCGCAAUCGAUGCGAUGAAACCUCUGAAGAGAUUCAAACGAUUGAUGCACUCGACAAAAGGACUCGUGUUCUUUACCGCCCUGUCCGGGGCGUUUGUGGCCGGAAUGGACGCUGGUCUGAUCUACAAUACUUUUCCGAAAAUGGCAGAUAAGUGGAUACCCGACGAUAUACUCGCUAUAUCGCCUGUGUUGAAAAACUUCACGGAGAAUCCGACUACAGUACAAUUUGAUCACAGAAUUUUGGGAAUAACCACUAUAGCGUUAAUAACGUGCUUGGGCGUUUUGUCCCGCAAACAUCACCUUCCAGGUCGGGGAAGAAAAGCGAUGGUCGCGGUACUAUGCGCCGGUUACUUGCAAGUACUUUUAGGCAUUUCGACUUUACUGACUCACGUUCCUGUAACGCUAGCCGCAUCUCACCAGUCCGGUAGUCUUAUACUGUUGAGCGCGAUAAUCUGGCUGUGCCACGAAUUGAAAUAUCUAGGAAAGUUUGCUAAGUAAAUUUGUUAUAGAAAAAAAAUCAAAUAAAAUCAAUAAUAGACUUAUA